AUGUCUGUCCAGCUGGUUCUGCUCCUGGGGGCUGCGUUCUGUUUCCAUGUCUUCAGCAGCACUUUGGACACCAAAGAGCAAUGGGCGAGGGUGAGCAAGGAAGAAUGGUACCGGAGUCCCUCUGUGAACGUCUUCGAUCUAAUCCAGAAAAACAACGAAUUUGCCUUCAACUUCUACAGGUCCUUGGUUAGCCAGAAUCCUGGGCCCAACAUCAUCUUCUCCCCACUUAGCAUCUCCAUCAGCAUGGGCUUCCUGGCACUGGGGGCCCGCGGCCGCACCAAGACCGAGAUCCUAGAGGGCCUCAGCUUCAACCUCACUGAGACCCCCGAGGCCGACAUCCACCAGGGCUUCCAGCUGCUGUUGCAAAUCCUGAGGCGGCCGGGGGUGUCCCUGCAAGUGAAUAUAAGCACCGAUGUGUUCAUGGAUGGGCAGCUAGAGCUGAAGAAAAACUUCCUGCUGGGGGCCUGGGCAUUGUAUUCCGCUGAAGUCAUCUCCACGGACUUCAGUGAUCUCACCUCGACUGAGGACUUCAUCAAUGAUUACGUGGAGAAGAAAACCAAGGGGAGAAUCCAGGACAUGGUGCAUGACUUGGACGAAGACACCAGGAUGGUCUUGGUGAACUCCAUCUUCUUCAAAGGCAAGUGGAAGGUGCCCUUUAAUAUUGAUAACACCUUAAUGUCAGAUUUCUACAUGAACAUGGGCAGGAAGAUGAGAAUACCCAUGAUGAGAGCGGAUUACCUGAGGGUGCCCUACUUCCAGGACAGGAUGCUCCACUGUACGGUGGUACAGCUUCCAUACAUGAACAGCAGCGCCAGCAUCCUCCUCAUCCUCCCUAAACUGGGCCGAAUGCCCCUGUUGGAGCUUUCACUGCAACUGGACAAGUUCUAUCACUGGAGGGACUCGUUGAAGAUGAGGAAGGUAGCCCUGUUCUUGCCCAAGUUCCUCAUCUCCUGGGACUACGACCUGGAGCAAGUUCUGCCUGACAUGGGCAUCGUCAACAUCUUCUCCCAGCAAUCAGAUCUCUCAGGCCUCUCCACCACUACCAAGAACCUGAGCCUUUCCAAGAUGGUCCACAAGGCUGUGCUGGGAGUGACCGAGGAAGGUACCGAAGCAGCGACCACCACGAGGAGGCCCAUUAUUCAUAUUUCUGGAAAACCAAAGGUUGUGAGAUUCAACAGGCCCUUCCUGGUGGCCAUCAUCUCCGAGGAGACACAGGGCAUCCUCUUACUGGGCAAAGUGACCAACCCGCAGCGGGUCUGA